AUGGGAGGAGAUUCUUUUAGAUAUUCCAAGUUGGGGAAAGUAGAAGAAAAAGUUCGGUGGGAAGGAUCGAGGGCAAGAGACGCGGAUGAGUAUAAGUUGUGGUACUCUGAAGUCCUGAAAAGUAAGAAUAAAGUGGGUAUUUUGGUAGAUAAGGAUCUUAGAGAGUCUGUGGUAGAGGUUAGGCAUGUGAAUGAUAGAUUAAUGACUAUUAAGUUGGUGGUUGGUGGAUGUACCCUGAAUGUCAUUAGUGCUUACGCGCCGCAAACAGGCUUGGAUGAGGAGGUUAAAAUGCGCUUCUGGGAGGGGUUGGAUGAGAUUGUGCGUAAUAUUCCGCCUACCGUGAGGUUAUUUAUAGGAGGGGAUUUCAAUGGAUUGGGUCGGUUGCAAGUGGCUAUAAUGAGGUGGAAUGAAGUGGUCCAAGGUAAAGUGGAAGCGAAGAAGGCGGCGUACCUAAAGUUAGUAGGGAGCACUGGCGAGGAGGAGAAAAGAGCGAACAGUGAGAGGUAUAAGGCCGCUAGGGAGGAGGCGAAGCUAGCGGUCACGGAGGCUAAGGCUACGACUUUUGCUCGUCUAUACGAGGAUCUGGAGGACAAAGGCAGGGAGAAGAAUAUAUUCCGGCUGGCCAAGGCGAGAGAGAGAUGA